GAAAAAAGAAAGAGAAGCCAAUCUUGUAAAACCCAAAAUCUCUGUUAAGCCAACUAAACCCUAAAGGCGUCUCCUUUUUCGCCACCACUCAUUUCUGCAAAAUGGCUUCAUCUCGUAUCUCUCUCCGCCUUGUUCGCCGUUUUACCACAGCCGCCGCAGAUGGUACGACCACUGUCGAAGCUACUGCACCGUCUUCAGGCAAAAUCACUGUCUCCAAAGCCAAGUCCACUCUCCGGAAAGAACACGAUCCAGACAAAGCCCUUAAGAUCUACGCCAAUGUCUCCGAUCACUCUGCUUCACCUGUUUCAUCUCGCUACGCUCAAGAGCUCACUGUUCGCCGCCUCGCCAAAUGUAGCCGUUUCUCAGACAUCGAGACCCUAAUUGAAUCCAGCAAAAAGGAUCCCAAAAUCAAAGAAGAACCUUUCUACUCGACGCUUAUCAGAUCUUAUGGCCGAGCCUCUAUGUUUGGUCACGCCAUGAGAACCUUCGAGCAGAUGGAUCAAUAUGGCACACCCAGAUCAGCUGUUUCGUUCAACGCCUUGCUCAACGCUUGUCUCCAUUCUAAGAAGUUUGAUAAAGUCCCCCAGCUGUUCGACGAAAUUCCUCAAAGGUACAGUAAGGUCACUCCUGACAAAAUCUCUUACGGUAUAUUGAUUAAGUCAUACUGUGACUCAGGUUCGCCUGAAAAAGCUAUUGAGAUUAUGAGGCAGAUGCAAGGUAAAGGCAUGGAAGUAACUACCAUUGCUUUCACCACCAUUUUGAGUUCUUUGUAUAAGAAAGGUGAGCUCGAGAUAGCUGAAAACUUGUGGAACGAGAUGGUGAAGAAAGGUUGUGAAUUGGAUAGUGCAGCUUAUAAUGUUCGUCUUAUGAGUGCUCAAAAGGAAAGCCCUGAAAGAGUUAAGGAGUUGAUCGAAGAAAUGAGCACUCUGGGAUUAAAACCUGAUACGAUUAGCUAUAACUAUCUUAUGACUGCGUAUUGCGAGAAAGGAAUGUUGGAUGAAGCUAAGAAAGUGUAUGAAGGGCUUGAAGGAAACAGCUGUGCUCCCAACGCAGCUACUUUUAGGACAUUGAUAUUUCAUCUGUGUUACAGCAGAUUGUACGAGCAAGGCUAUGCGAUCUUCAAGAAGAGUGUGUAUAUGAACAAGAUUCCUGAUUUCAAUACUUUGAAGCACUUGGCUGCGGGAUUGGUGGCGAACAAAAAGAUAGAUGACGCGAAAGGGUUGAUUAGAACGGUGAAGAAGAAAUUCCCUCCGAGCUUCAUGAAUGCGUGGAAGAAACUCGAGGAGGAACUGGGGCUGGAUUCAAAAACGGAUGCUUCUGCAAAAGAAGCUGCUGCUUAAUAGCUCAAUAGCAUUGUGAUUGAAGAUUUGAUUAUGUUGCUUGAGCUAUUUAAGACUUGUUGAAAUUUAUGAUCUAGUAUGCAGGUCUAUUUAUAAGCUGUCCCUGCAUUUUUGCUUUCCUCAUAAAUUAGCUUGUAAAAGCUUGAAGUUUUUGUUGUUGGUGGUCAACAAUAUCCAGCUUCAUAGAGUUCACUUGUAUGUUCUACACACUUGCGCUUUAUGAUGAUUUCAAGUUUCUCGUUCA